AUGGAUAUCACUUUUAUUACCAUGCAUGACCUGUCGGCCGAUGCCAGGCUUCUUUUCGCCUCUGACUCAAUCACCGAAGUUCUUGGAUACAAUCCACGAGAUAUAGUAGGCAGGUCUUGCUUCGAAUACUUUCACCCAGAUGAAAUGCCCUUUGCUCGCUCUGUUCAUGGGCGGGGUGUAAAUUUGGACAAAGCUGCAGUUUUGUCAUAUUGCAAGCUGAAAAGCAUCACGGGCGAUUACGUUACUUGUGAAUGUGUUUUUACUGUCGUAUAUUCGGUCAUCGUAGCAUCAACGAGUUUAUACACACGCAGUAAUAAAAGCCUAGAUCGAGCACUUACUGCCCCUCUUAUCCGCCGCGUUUUCUCGUCGUCACAAAGAGACCCAAGGUAUCAUAUGCUCACGCAUCUGUCCACGAAAUUCAAUUCCGCACCUGAAGGACACCAUGAACCGCGAGCAGCACUAAUCCUUAAUCGGUUUACGCGGACCUUGACAAUUUUAUACGCAACACAUGCUCUUGGUGAUAUACUCAAUUUCCCCCCGGAUGAGGCGAUCGGAAAAAGUUUUUACGAAUGUAUCCAGGAGAACUGCCUUCAAGAAGCCGUAGAUGCCCUCGAAAGGGCGAAGGAAAACGAUUCAAUUGCAUACUUGAGGUUUCAGUGGAGGGAUCCUAGACAGGCACCGGCGGUAACGGCGGCAGCAGCAGCAGCAGCAGAACAGCGACGUCCCCAGAAUGGUAGUAGGAACCACCCAGGUACAGGAUUCCUCCAUGCCGAGGGAUCUCGUCCAGCAGCUGUUCGGAAUUGGGCGGAUAGGAACGAUACGAUGAAGAGUGUGAUGAAAGACCAGGACACAGAUAUGAUAAGUGACGAGGAACAAGGGGAGGACGAUGAAGAAGACGGGGCAUACCUGAGUGGCAAUUCUACCUCUCAGUCCAGUAUGUCACAAUCACCCGAACCAGUGGUGGAGGUUGAAGCAGUGAUUUCGUGUACCUCAGAUGGGUUGGUAGUUGUUCUUCGGAAAGCUCGGCCCACCAUCCCUGCGCCGCAUCAUCCACCGCUGUAUCAUGGAGUUUUUGCGUCGCCAUGGGCUCAUGCUCCUCUUGUCCCACCAACACAGCUCUCUCCUGUACCUGGAGGCCCUCCGGCAGGAGAUUUCAUGGAUAGUAUACGUCAGGUGGCAGUCUUCGCAUGGAGUUUGCGAACAAUCAAUAUGGACAUGCUCCAAAGAAAGCUCGCUGCAGUCAAUGUCCGAGUGAUAUCGGUCAGUUUGUAUCAUCGCCCUACUGUAUCUUUCUGCAUGUUUCGGGAACUCUAUCACUAUAUUGCUUUUGGCUACGUUUUCAUUGGUUUGAACUUUCGGCCCUAUGGCCUAAAAGUCCCAUUGUGUUGA